GACAACGUUCAUGGCUCUCGGGUAGAACCCAGUGAAACGGCCAGAAUGAAUUCUAUGGACAGGCACAUCCAGCAGACCAACGACCGACUGCAGUGCAUCAAGCAGCACUUACAGAAUCCUGCCAACUUCCACAAUGCCGCCACAGAGCUGCUGGACUGGUGUGGAGACCCCCGAGCCUUCCAGCGCCCCUUCGAGCAGAGCCUGAUGGGCUGCCUGACGGUGGUCAGUCGGGUGGCUGCCCAGCAAGGGUUUGACCUGGACCUUGGCUACAGACUGCUGGCUGUGUGCGCCGCAAACCGAGACAAGUUCACUCCGAAGUCUGCUGCACUGCUGUCCUCUUGGUGUGAGGAGCUCGGCCGGCUGCUGCUGCUCCGCCAUCAGAAGAGCCGCCAGAGUGACCCCCCCGGGAAACUCCCCAUGCAGCCCCCCCUCAACUCCAUGAGCUCCAUGAAACCCACUCUGUCGCACAGUGAUGGGUCGUUCCCCUAUGACUCUGUUCCUUGGCAACAGAACACCAACCAGCCUCCAGGCUCCCUCUCCGUGGUCACUACGGUUUGGGGAGUGACCAAUACAUCCCAGAGCCAGGUCCUCGGGAACCCGAUGGCCAGUGCCAACAACCCCAUGAAUCCCGGUGGCAAUCCCAUGGCGUCGGGCAUGACCACCAGCAACCCCGGCCUGAGCUCCCCUCAAUUCGCCGGGCAGCAGCAGCAGUUCUCGGCCAAGGCCGGCCCUGCUCAGCCCUACCUCCAGCAGGGCAUGUAUGGGCGACCCAACUACCCUGGCAGCGGGGGCUUUGGGGCCAGCUACCCUGGGGGUCCCAGUGCCCCUGCAGGCAUGGGCAUCCCACCACACACCAGGCCACCUGCUGACUUCACUCAGCCAGCAGCUGCUGCAGCCGCCGCUGCAGUAGCAGCAGCAGCAGCCACGGCCACAGCCACAGCCACAGCCACGGUGGCAGCCCUGCAGGAGACACAGAACAAGGACAUAAACCAGUAUGGACCGAUGGGUCCCACCCAGGCGUAUAACAGCCAAUUCAUGAACCAGCCCGGGCCACGGGGGCCUGCCUCCAUGGGGGGCAGCAUGAACCCUGCCAGCAUGGCAGCUGGCAUGGCGCCCUCAGGAAUGAGUGGUCCUCCCAUGGGCAUGAACCAGCCCCGGCCACCUGGCAUCAGCCCCUUUGGCACACAUGGGCAACGGAUGCCCCAGCAGACCUACCCAGGCCCCCGGCCACAGUCCCUUCCCAUCCAGAGCAUAAAGAGGCCAUACCCAGGAGAGCCCAACUAUGGAAACCAGCAGUAUGGACCAAACAGCCAGUUCCCCGCCCAGCCAGGCCAGUACCCCACCCCCAACCCACCACGGCCGCUCACCUCUCCCAACUACCCUGGACAAAGGAUGCCGAGCCAGCCAAGCAGCGGGCAAUACCCACCCCCUACGGUCAACAUGGGGCAGUAUUACAAGCCGGAACAGUUUAAUGGACAAAAUAACGCCUUCUCGGGAAGCAGCUACAGUAACUACAGCCAGGGGAACGUCAAUAGGCCUCCAAGGCCAGUUCCUGUGGCAAAUUAUCCCCACUCACCUGUUCCAGGGAACCCUACACCCCCCAUGACCCCAGGGAGCAGUAUCCCCCCAUACCUGUCCCCCAGUCAAGACGUUAAGCCUCCGUUCCCACCUGACAUCAAGCCAAAUAUGAGUGCUCUGCCUCCCCCCCCAGCCAACCACAAUGACGAGCUGCGCCUCACCUUCCCCGUGCGGGACGGUGUGGUGUUGGAGCCCUUCCGCCUAGAGCACAACCUGGCCGUCAGCAACCACGUCUUUCACCUGCGGCCCACCGUCCACCAGACGCUGAUGUGGAGGUCUGACUUGGAACUGCAGUUCAAGUGCUACCACCACGAGGACCGGCAGAUGAACACCAACUGGCCGGCCUCAGUGCAGGUCAGCGUGAACGCCACCCCCCUGACCAUCGAGCGUGGCGACAACAAGACGUCCCACAAGCCCCUGCACCUCAAGCACGUGUGCCAGCCAGGCCGGAACACCAUACAGAUCACCGUCACAGCCUGCUGUUGUUCUCACCUGUUCGUGCUGCAGCUGGUCCACCGGCCCUCCGUGCGCUCCGUGCUGCAGGGCCUCCUCAAGAAGCGUCUCCUGCCCGCCGAGCACUGUAUCACAAAGAUCAAGCGGAAUUUCAGCAGCGUGGCUGCCUCAUCAGGCAACACAACCCUCAACGGGGAGGAUGGUGUGGAGCAGACAGCUAUCAAGGUGUCUCUGAAGUGCCCCAUCACGUUCCGGCGCAUCCAGCUGCCUGCCCGAGGCCACGACUGCAAGCAUGUCCAGUGCUUUGAUCUGGAGUCAUACUUACAGCUGAAUUGUGAGAGAGGGACCUGGAGAUGUCCUGUGUGCAAUAAAACCGCUCUGCUUGAGGGCCUGGAAGUGGAUCAGUACAUGUGGGGGAUCCUGAAUGCCAUCCAACACUCCGAGUUUGAGGAGGUCACCAUCGACCCCACGUGCAGCUGGCGGCCAGUGCCCAUUAAGUCAGACCUGCACAUCAAGGACGACCCUGAUGGCAUCCCCUCCAAGCGCUUUAAGACCAUGAGCCCUAGCCAGAUGAUCAUGCCCAACGUCAUGGAGAUGAUCGCGGCCCUGGGCCCUGGCCCGUCCCCCUACCCGCUCCCGCCGCCUCCUGGGGGCACCAGCUCCAGUGACUACAGCAGCCAAGGAAACAACUACCAAGGUCAUGGCAACUUUGACUUCCCCCAUGGGAACCCUGGUGGGACGUCCAUGAACGACUUCAUGCAUGGGCCCCCCCAGCUCUCCCACCCCCCGGACAUGCCCAACAACAUGGCUGCGCUGGAGAAGCCUCUCAGCCACCCCAUGCAGGAAACUAUCCCCCACGCUGGCAGCUCUGACCAGCCCCAUCCCUCCAUUCAGCAAGGCUUGCACGUACCACACCCCAGCAGCCAGGCAGGGCCUCCAUUACAUCACAGCGGGGCUCCUCCUUCCCAGCCACCCCGGCAACCACCACAGGCCGCUCCCAGCAACCAUCCACACAGUGACCUGACCUUUAACCCCUCCUCAGCCUUAGAGGGUCAGGCCGGAGCGCAGGGAGCGUCCGACAUGCCGGAGCCUUCGCUGGAUCUCCUUCCAGAACUCACAAACCCUGAUGAGCUCCUCUCGUACCUGGACCCCCCUGACCUGCCGAGCAAUAGUAACGAUGACCUUCUGUCCCUCUUUGAGAACAACUGAAGGCCACACCUCUCAGGCCAGCCCAUCACUCUGCCUCCUUCCCCAUCUGCCCUUGCACUUUCCACCUGGAAGCCGGGCCUCUGCACCACCCUCACCUGCACCUUGGGCUCAGGGUGGGAGCUCUUCCCUUCUGCAGAACGAGGGGCUGGGGGAG